UAGUUCCCAUUUACAGCCAAUCAGAGUAUAUGUUGUAAAAAAAAUACUGCGAGCAGCCCAUCAUGCAACUCCAACGGAAGUAAACAAACUAGCAGACGACAUAACUAGUGAUUAACAGAUGGCUUGUCAUCAUCGCAACAAAAUAAAGUACCAUGGAAGUCUUCGGCUGUGGAUUCAAUGGUUUUGGGCAAUUACUUCCUGAAGUAUCGAAACGGUGCCUUCUCUCUCCUGUUAAGAUUUUUCCAGAUUGUCGAAAACUACCAAGAAAAUCAGCCAGUCAUGCCAGUGAACAUGUUGAAGAACCCCGAUCUUCAAGAUGUGCUUCAGAUAAUUUCAGAACACUGGCUUCAUCGUGGAGUGCAGUAUACAUCAUUAACGAUUCAAACAUCUGGUUGCAAGGAUUCUCCAUUGGACAGAAGUCUGCAUUUCAGAUUUUGAAAACAUCGAAUGAAAUGCAGUUGCCCCCUGUAAUGGAUAUGGACUCUGCUGGUGAAAAGUUAUAUUACACAACAAUCGAAGGGGAGUGCAUUGAAGUGGACAUAGGAACAGGUCAAGAGAUGAAGGUCAGAGGGAAUGAAACUACAGCAAAAACAAAUUUCUUGAAGGUCGCUUCUGGUGACUUGAGUAAGGUGGCUAUCACAGGUGAGUUUUCAGCUGGUCUCAUUUCGAGUGAAAAUGGUAACCGUGUCUUUCGUCCUUUUGACAUUGCUGUUAAGUUCUCCCAAGUGUGCUGCGGUCAAGAGCAUGUGAUUUUGCUCUCUGAGAUUCAUCAAGUCUACAGCUUUGGACUUGGCAGUCGAGGUCAGUUGGGUCACGGAACAACAGAUGGAGAAAGCCAGCCAAGACUCCUAGAAGCCCUUGGGUGUGUUCCUGUGGAGUCAAUUGGGGCAGGAGGAUGGCACUCAGCAGCAGUCAGCACUAUUGGAGAUCUGUACAUCUGGGGCUGGAAUGAAUCUGGUCAACUAGGAUUUUCCAUGCAGAGAAAAUCACAGUGUACCUCUGGGGGUGUCUAUCAGGAUGCGAUUACAGGAACAUGUGAGAGUCACCCUGGCCAAGAGAAAAUGCAUCCUGGAAUGAAGAGGGCGUUUCAACAAGACACAGGCCAAGAAAGGACAACAAAGAAGAAAGUUCCAUCUUUAUCAUCUUCUGAAACUUGCCAAGAGUCAACUCAGUCGCCAGAACAAGAAAAUAAUUUUCCUACAGAGGAUACAGAAAGAGAACAAAGAUUAAGGGCAAGUCAACUCCAUCAAGCGGCUGGGACUUCCCUGGAAGAUGCUCAGCAUCAGGAGCAACCCUCAAAUCUCCAUUCAGUACAACAGAGAAGUAUCCAGAGAGGAGAAGCUGGAAAAACAGAAACUCUCACUAGAGAAGCCGCUGGUCAUAAAUACUCCACAGUUGGAAGUAGUUGUCUGGGGAGUGAACACUGUGGCAGAAGAGAUGAUGUGGUACUCUUCCAGCCAUUACCUCGCAUACUUGACCUCCCUGACAGGAAGGAGGUGUCAAAGGUCAGCUGUGGGUCACGUCACACAGCUGCCAUCUCUGAAGAUGGAUGCCUUUACACCUGGGGUUGGGGCCAGUAUGGUCAACUAGGUCUUGGCAACACACAGACAAGGGAUACCCCUACCAAAGUGAAAUGUUUCAGGGAAGAUAGGCAAGUGGUGGACGUUUCGUGCGGAGGUUGGAAUACGCUGAUCGUGAUCGCAUCCCGUCAGUGACAAACAGUCACGCUCCAUAUUUUCCAGCUCAACAAACCCCCACUGGAUGUUACAUUCGAUACAGCUCUUCCAUGGUGGAGGUCAAAACCGUGCUGGAGAACAGAAAGUUAAUAAAAAAAAAGCAAGAUAUCCUUUUCUGGACUCUGUCGUUUUAAUCUGCUUGCAGCAUUAAAAUGCAAACGAGUCCUGUAGUGGUUAAACAGUAGUACUUAAGUUUCCAAAUGAAAACAGACACAACACAACGGGUGGGAGAUACCAAGGGCGGAUCGGGGGAGGGGAGGACAAGGGCCAUGCCUGAAGCAAACAACUCUAGCCACGGUGGGUGGCGCCGGGCGGCACAACCCAGGACUGUAAAGUUCCACCCGGCUCUUGGGUUCAAAUUGGCUGUACCGCCCAGCACAGAUUUUCCAAAAAAUCAACUGAAAUAUUGCUGAAAAUGUACCAAUUUGAUCAUAUUUCAAGCUUACAGAGUCAGAGUUUUACAAUGUUUUGCAAAUGUUAACAAGUAAAGACAUAAGAAAUAUAUUUCUCCUUUUCUUCGUAUCAUAUCAGCCGCAUUAUUGUAAACAUGCCUUCAAGAUGAUGUCGGGAGAAAUCCCUUCUGGGAUUCCCCUAAAAACCCAGCUAUGGGCUGCAAGAGCUCCGCUCACUGCGCUUGGUACGCUUAGUAAUCCAAAAAUUUACCAGACACUAAAAUGGUCCUAGCUAGAACACUGUUUUUUAUGGUCUGUGUCCUUUCCCUAAAUAUAGCUUCAACCCAAAGAAAGGGCUUACAAGGUUUCAUAUAACAGAAUUCAUCCAAUUUUAUAGCCCUCAAAGCAAUUCCCCCCUCCCC